CUAAUCAGUCGACAAAACAAUUUCAAACGAACGCUUUGAAAAAUCUCCAAUUUUUUGUCGAAUUUCAAAGCAUUUUCAUCAAAUUUCAUCUUUUUCUCGCAUUCCUUGAAACGCAAAAAGCCCAAAAAUGUCAAAGACACAUCCGCCAGAGUUAAAAAAAUACAUGGACAAAAAGCUCUCUUUGAAGCUAAAUGGCGGUCGAAAAGUCGCCGGCAUCCUUCGUGGCUUCGAUCCUUUCAUGAAUGUCGUUAUUGAUGACACCAUCGAAUACACGAAAGACGGAAGACAGAACAACAUUGGCAUGGUCGUGAUUCGGGGCAACAGUAUCAUCAUGGUAGAAGCGCUGGAUCGGAUAUAGUAAAGAUUCUCAUUUAAAAUAAUAAAAAAACAGGAUUUCAGUCAAAAUUUUUAAUUUUUAUGGAUUUUCAUGCGUUUCAUGUGGUUUCUACUUGCGUCUCCACGCUCACUUCAAUCAUGUCGUUCUCGAGUUUUAUGACAUUUUCGCUCUCUUCGGCGUCGGCAAUGGCAG